CGGUUGAAAACGAACCUGCAAUCCCAACACACACCCGCGAAGCAGCGUAACGUUCCCCCUAAGACAGUUGGUUCGACACCACGGUUCUCGAGCACGAUUCGUUCUCUCUCUCGUUCGCCAUUCCCAAGAUAAAGCAUUAAGCAACCAUCACCAAAGAGAGUUAAAGGAAAAAAUAAGAGUUAGAGAGAGAAACACAAACUCACUCUUCCCAUGAAGCUUAUCGGCGACGGUGCCGGUGGCCGGAUUGUCCUCGUCGGCGUCAAAUUAGAUCCUCGCAGCCGUGAAUUGCUCACGUGGGCGCUCGUUAAGGUGGCGGAGCCCGGCGACCUCGUCAUUGCGCUUCACGUGCUCGACACCGCCACCGAGGGAGCGGCGUCGCUGUUAUCUCUGGUGAAGACUUUCGAUUCCGUUCUCGCCGUUUACGAAGGCUUCUGCAACCUGAAGCAGGUUGGAUUGAGGCUUAAAGUGUGUCGCGGUGGUUCGGUUCGGAAGGUUCUGGUGAACGAGGCGAAGGCGUUUGGCGUUUCCACGGUGAUUUUGGGAACUUCUAAAUCUCACCACACUAUUCGUUCUUCCGCUUGGGUUGCCAAAUACUGCGCGAAGAAAUUGCCCAAGUGUGUCUCUGUGUUCUCUGUUGAUAAUGGCAAAAUCGCGUUCCGCAGAGAAGCUUCCAGAUUGUGUAGUGAUCGAGAAAAAUUACUCGAAGGGGCAAAUUUGUCGGCAAAAUCAUUGGUGGUUUAUACAAGUAAGAGUACGAAGAGUUGUGGAAGUUGUGCGUUGCAGGAGUGUUCUGGAAUUGAGUUUGAGCAAGGGUUGUGUGAGGAUGUUGAGAAGGAGAAUCCACUUGCUUUGGUUCCGUUUAAGAAUCUUGAUGAGGAUGAUGCUCCUUGUUAUUCAGUUGUGGCCAGUAAUUCGAAGCGUAGACCUGGUUGGUCGUUGCUUCGUCAUGUAUUUCAUCCCAGAAAGCAUACCCAUACCCAUAAGCAUUGUAUGAAAAAUACAUUUGUUUUUCAACGGGCAUUGCGACAACCGACUUUUCAUUCUUCGGCUGUAGUCCAUCCAGAUCAGAAACAAAUUACUAUUGAGCAGAUUGAUGAUUCCCCACUUGAUGGGGUGAGUGGUGCCAUUGUGCCAUUUGGAUCUGCUUCUGUUUUUGCUUCUCCCUCCCUUUGUAGUGAUUUGAGUAGCCUUCCUGAAGAAUUGUUGGUGUUGCAAGAGAAGUAUUCGUCUUCAUGCAGAUUAUAUAGUUUGCAGGAACUUGUAUCAGCAACCUCCAACUUCGCACUGGAAAAUUUGGCUGGCAAAGGUGGUUGUAGUUAUGUUUACAGAGGAUGUCUUCCAGAUGGCAAGGAAUUGGCUGUGAAAAUUCUGAAGCCAUCUGAAAACGUGAUAAAGGAAUUUGUUCAGGAAAUUGAGAUCGUUACAACUUUGCAGCACAAGAACGUAAUAUCUAUAUCUGGCUUUUGUUUAGAGGGCAACCAUUUGCUACUAGUUUAUGAUUUUUUAUCAAGGGGAAGCCUAGAAGAAAACCUUCAUGUCAACAAGGCGGACUGUAGUGCAUUUGGUUGGCAAGAAAGGUACAAGGUGGCCGUAGGUGUAGCAGAGGCACUGGAUUAUCUGCAUAAUGGCUGUGCAAGAGCCGUGAUCCAUAGGGAUGUGAAAUCUUCGAAUAUCCUUCUUUCUGAUGAUUUUGAGCCUCAGCUUUCAGAUUUUGGACUGGCUAGUUGGGCUUCAUCUUCUUCUUCCCAUAUUACUUGCACUGAUGUCGCUGGAACUUUUGGAUACCUCGCACCUGAGUACUUUAUGCACGGUAAAGUGACUGAUAAAAUUGACGUAUAUGCUUUUGGUGUUGUACUCCUUGAGCUUCUCUCUAAUAGGAAGGUCAUUAGUAAUGAAUCUCCAAAGGGCCAGGAGAGCCUUGUUAUGUGGGCAACACCAAUUUUGAAAAGUGGGAAGUUUUCCCAAUUGCUUGAUCCAAGCCUAGGCAAUGAAUGCGACGAUUGCCAUAUCAAGAGAAUGAUUUUGGCUGCUACUCUCUGCAUUAGACGGAUGCCUAGAUUGCGACCUCAAAUCAGCCUUAUAUUAAAACUUCUGCAUGGUGAUGAAGAGGUGACAAGAUGGGCAGAACAAGAAGUUAAUGCACCAGUGGAACUUGAUGGAUUUGAUGAGGAACAAGUUCCAACUAAUAAUAUUCAGUCCCACCUGAACCUUGCUUUGCUGGACUUGGAGGAUGAUACGCUUUCUAUCGGUAGCUCUGAGCAGAGUAUCUCGUUGGAGGACUAUUUGCAGGGAAGAUGGAGUCGCUCUUCAAGUUUUGACUGACCAGUUCAUUUCGACACCAUAUUGGAAUGAAAUGUUUGUUUCAUAUAUUAUUCUUUUGUUUUUCUUAGGUUAGAUUUUCAAAUUAUGCGGUAGCGCAGAUUGGGUCUUGGAAGAGAGGUCCAACGGAAAAAUGUUCAGCCCCCCUCCUUGACUUUGUAGCUAUGUCUCAAUCUGUAUUCUGGAAAGCUUUUAGCGGCAGAACUCGUGUUGGUGAGCGUUUGGGCUUUUUGGAGCAAAUUCUAACGGGCUAAUUGUGUAAAAUUUGACAAAAACAAUGAAGAGUACAUAUUCCACAAUGAGAGAACGACCUCUUGCUUCUUAGUUCUUACUUCUUAGUUGUCUUGUCACAUACCAAAAGUCCACCUGUGGUGUUGUUUCGUCGGGGUUAAGAGGUGGCAUCUUCUUUUAAUCUUUCUUUCUUUAACUGUAACUAUUUUCAUGUUUCAUUCUUGUGGUGUGAAUAAAAAUGAACUGUAAAGUUUGAGUUUAA